GGUUUCAGUUUCACUUUCCAAGUAGUUUGUUUUUUCUCAUCAGAAUCAUAUCAGUUACUUUUAGUAGUGAUGACAAACGUCAAACCCCCCUUUCUUAAAACUCUUUAUCUUUUCCUUCAUCACUCUUAACAUUUGUGUGUAUGGAUAUAUAUUAUAUCCAUUCCAAAGCAAAACCACCAGCAUCAAAACUCAUAUCACCCUGUGAUUUUCACAGAUACAGAUUAAUUCACUCUUGUUCUAUAGACUUCCCUAGCUAGUGAUGGCAUCACCAGAAACAGCAUCUGCAGCAGUUGGGAAAGUCGCAUAUCAAAAUGAUCCGCCCCUCUCCCUAUCUAUAUCGGCAACAUCUAAUACCGAUGAUGUUAUCAUCCCAAAGAACGAAUGGUCUCCGUUCGAAAGCAGAGCAGAUUUCAACUUAGACAUAGCUCUGCUACUGGUAUUCCUUGUUUGCUUUAUUCUUAGUGGUUUUACACUAAACUUCUUCAUCAAUAAAUUUCUCAACAAAGGUUCUCCUUCUCCUGAUUACCAACAAACCCAGAGAUUAAAACUUCAAGAAAUGGCUAAAUCUUCUGGAUCCACACUUGGAUAUUCACAAGAGAUUGAACUAGCUGGCAACGAACCACUUUGUGCUAUUUGUCUAUCAGAGUUUGUUAAUUGGGAAGAAAUUAGAGUGCUAUCAAAAUGCAAUCAUGGAUUCCACGUUAAGUGCAUCGAAGCAUGGUUGUUAUCUUCUCAUACUUCGUGUCCGACUUGCCGAACUACUUGUAUGAGUACCUCCCAGCCGCCCCUAGACAACAACCAGGGUGGCGAUGAAAAUAAUGAUUUAGAAUCUGGAUUUGGCAACACUAGCCGCACGGAGGUACCGGUAUUACCCACAGCAGAAGAGCAGAGUAAUGGGUCAGUCUAAAUACAAGAUGAAUUUGCAAAUUAUGCAGAUGAUUUUGUUUCUUUGUUCGUUUGUUUGUUUGUUCAGUCAAGUAUGUUUUGUCUCUUCACCUAAGGUUAUUAGAGGAUGCAAUGUUAGUGUUGAUUAGAGGAUAUGAAAAGUACUUGCUAUAUCCCUCUGAUUGAUCCAUUUUAUUUUUUAUUGCUAGUUUAGCAUUUACUAACUUUGUUAA